AUGACCAAAGACCUCUUGCACAGAUUGAAUCCCUUCAACAGACCUUCCUCCGCUCACUCACAUCAUUCUAAACGUCCCACUUCUUCCCUCUCCGGUAUCGUCUCAGCUCAACAGAGCAUUCAAGAAGAACCUCCCCUCCUAGAUAGGACUUACACCACUCCAGUUCCACCUGCUUCGCCCAAACAUCAGAGAACUCCUUCUAUCCUUCGAUCGUUAGCACACCAUCCCUCUCUAGCAGCACUCAAGAACAGGUCUCGUAAACGUCGUUCGAAGAUAAGACCGUCAUUACCGUUGGGUGAAGUUUCUACUAAUGGGCCGCAACUUGAUACUGGUUCAUUGGGACGUUCCAACUCUUUGAAGAAGUUUAGGAGGGGUAGUCUGAAAGGAAGUAGAAGUAUUCCUUCUGAUAUGAGGUUGACUGGUAGCGGGACGACUCACUACGAGCAAGAGGAAGACAUACCACCUUUACCUUCCCCAACCCCUCUCCAAAGAUCAAUCAUCGGAGCUUCCCGUCGAGCACAACAUGUCCACACUCCCGACCAUCAUUCAACUCACGCCUCAGUCUAUCUCACAACGACACCCGCAGAGCUCCAGGUUGUCACUCCCGAUAGCGUUAGGGUGAGACGUAUGCGAUUUGAGAUCGAAUUGGAGUCUCCUCGGAAGAGAGGAAUGAGUACAUCAGCGGUAGAGACAACAUCUCCUCCAAAGACUCUCAGAAUUCCAGGAUCCCCGCAUACUCGGCACUUGUCCACCCCUGCAUCUCCCUCUCAUCCAUUCAUGACCUCCUCUACCAACUCGUCCCCUCCUCGUCUCCUCGCUCCUAGUACCCAACAGCACCCUCAUCCUGUCCCCCUUGCCAGACAUCUGAGCCCCUAUGGUAACAACGGUUCAUACUUCGACGACGAAUUCGAGCCAUCGACGGACUACCGUCAUCGUCGUGAAACAAGUAUAGAUAGCGAUGAUGGUCUCAGUAUCAUGGUACCUCAAGAAGAACUCCCCGUUGGUACCCCUGGUGGUCGGACGGAUGAUCUACGCAGAGGAGCUUUCAUCGAUGGAGCCAAACAUGAGAAAGGUGCUAUUCGUUUCUUCUCAAGAGACAUGUACUCCCCAGAAGGUCUCGACUCUUCAUUCACCUCUUCUCCCUCCUCAAGCGACACUCAUUCGCCCGGACAUACGAAAACACCAUCGACCACGAGCAAAAUCGAUAAACGUGCCAGUUCACCAUUCGAAGUCAAGCUUACUCCGAUGGUCACUAAGCGUAUGUCUCUAGACGCUUUUGGAGCCUCCUCACCGGAGAUAUCGGAUUUCGUUGGUGGGCAAGCGGAAGAGUUGGUAGAUGAACCAACCGAUGAUCUCACUCCAGCAAUGGAUGGUGGAGCAGAAGUUUUAUUCCACACCACAACUCUGUCGACGAUCGAUGAAUCGCCUCUAUCUGCUCAAUCAGCACAGCAGGAAGGAACAGAAUGGUCGAGUGAGACGGACAGUCCGAGUGAACAGACUAGAUCUCACACCCCAUCAUCCCGACCCGUUCUAGGAGCGCACGGUUUACCUCUGCCACACCGACGACCAUAUGUGGAACGUAAGCAUUCUUCCGCACCUCCUAUGGGCAUCUCUCAAGCGCUGCUGGAGGCUCAUGCGGAUUAUACGAAAGCGCUUCAGAGAGAGAUUAAAGCCGGAGAGGAUGUGGUAGAGGAGUUGCAAGCUGAGUCAAGGCAGUUGCGUGAUGCUUUGGAAGAGGAGAGUGAGGAGAAAAGGACACUCAUGAUUGAGCUCAAUGAGAAAACGAGACUUCUCUCGAAAGCUCAGGAGGAUCUUGUCACGAGUUCUGAAGAGUUGUCUUCGUCACGUCGCAUUUUAGCAGAGAACGAAGAGUUCCUAACCAGUCUCCAAAUUGCUCAUGAUUUCCUAGCCACUCAAGUCACCUCACUGGCCGAGGAAAACACCCGACUAUCCACUGCGCAAAAACGCGAAGCAGCCUCUUUACGGGCGGCACAUACGGUGCAAUUCGAACUCGGCAAAGAGCUGGGCACACUUCGAUCGCAACAUCAAUUGGUCAGUCGUCAACUUUCCGAUUCCAAACUUGCCAACGAGCAACUACGAGCUAAAUUGGCGGAGGCGGACCGGCGUUUGGAAAGUACGGCGGAUGAGUACGCUCAACAUCUUGGAUUGUACGAUGCGGACUUGCAGAGAUGGCGCUCCCGGGCUAUAGAACACGAAGAUCGUACCUAUGAUUUACAACAAGAACUCGAUCAGAGUGAAGAAAGGCAAAAGUCGAUCGAAACGGCUCUCAAAGCCGCGAAUGAUGCCAAUGCUUUAUUGAGUCAAGACCUGAAAGAUAAAGAGGGCACCAUAGUUGCUCUUGAAGAUGAAUUGAGGAGAGGCGAUGAGGAACGUGAGGAAAUGAGGAAGAACGAGGGGGAACUGAGGAAUUCCCAGGAAAGAGUGGCCGAGCUGGAAGAAGCGAAUACAGCGCUGAAAGAUAAGCUCAGGACUGUGACUUUUGGAAAGGAUGAAGAAAGCGCUUUGGCCCAAAGACAGAUAAUGGAGUUGGAGGAAAGGCUGGCGGAGAUGAUCGCGGACCUGCAAGAGAAAGAAGAUAGGUUCGAGGAGGUACAAGAGGGUCUGAGGGUUUUAAGAGGGGAUCAGAUGAUGUGGGAGGAAGAACGGGCAGAGCUCUGCGACGCUCUGGAGAGAAGGUCUGAAGAUUUAUCCCAACUCUCCGAUCUUCAAUCCAAAAUCUCUUCUUUAGAAAACCAACUUCUCUCCGCUCAACAAGAGAUCUCUUCCCUCCAAUCUGAAACCAUCAAUACCCGUCACCAUCUCUCUCAAUCAAGCUCUACCGUCCACUCGCAACUUUCAGAAAUUCAUUCUCUCCGCGCUAUAGCCGAAGAAGCUCAAGAGACUUCUCUCAAAACUUCACGUCUCCACAAUCGUGCCACUGUCGAAAUCUCUUCUCUUACUCAACAACUUGCCGAUCUUCGAAAUCAACUUCAAGAUCAACAACGUUUCACACGAGAGUCAAUCACUCGGGCAGAGAUGGAACAUGCGCGUGCUGAAGAUCUGGGUUCUCGAUUAUCCACAUAUUUAUCAGAAGUUGAUCGACUCACACUUUCCGAAGCUUCCCUCCGAUCGGAAAUAUCUCAAUUGAAACAAGAAUCCUCAGGAGAGAAUAUGAGAAUGAUGGAAUUAGAGAAGAGAUGUAGAAAGUUGGAAGAUGAUAAAGAACUUUUAAAUGUUGCUUUGGAUAGUAAACAAACGGAAUUGGUCUUACUUCAACGUUCUAAAGGUGGUAAUUCCACACCACAAAAUUCACAUUCUUCUCAUCCUUCUCAUACUUCACAUUCUUCUCAUCCUUCUCAUACUUCACAAUCGUCAUACGGUCCACAAACAUCACAGGGUUCUCAAGGAAGUACAACGAGAAAAAUCCAACAUCCUUAUUCUUCAAUGUCUUCGAUACCCACUUCGACAAUCAACCAAAAUCAAAGACAAAUGGAAACUCCCGUUCCUGUCCGAGGAUCGACAGCGGUUUUAGGAGGAAGAGGAAGUGUAACACCGAAACCUUUAGGUCAAAGUACUAAACAUAAUCAGACACCCACGGGUAAGACAACGAAGAUGAAAGAACAUAAAGUUGUCAAAAGAAGUAGUUUACCUGUUUUGGUAAAGAAACAAUCGACAGUAGGGAUGAAGAAAGUUUCUUUGGUUAGGGAACAAGAUGGAUUCUAA